ACCACCACCACCCCCACUACCACCAACUGUCAUACCCACCUCUCCAUUGAACAAACAAACAAACCCUCCACCGACAACCAACCACCAAAGACCAAAAUGGCAACCGCCAUGGACGCCAUCAUUUCCUAUGAUUCUCUCCCCUACAUUGACACCCCCCCCACGGACUCCGAGCUAGAAUCCAUCAACAAACAAAUAACCUCCGAACUCUCUGCAGACCAUAAGACGACUCCACACCCACGCCUCCCGCCACUCGUGGAGUCAAACUUCCGCCCAGCAACGCAAGCUGAACUCGACAGGAUUGCGGCCGGCAAGCCGUGGGUCGGCGGCAUCGACGUGAGCCGGUACGAGCCGGCAGCGGAGGCCUCGUGCUCUGCGCUCGCAGCUGCGUAUGCCUCCGCCGUCCACGUGGAGGCACGCCUGGAAAACCUAACGCUACUGAACGAGUUCGGGAAGAAUGCGUGGCUCGUGCACAAUUCGCAGUUGGAGGCACUGCUGAAGGGGCUGGAGGAGGAGUUGAUGGAGCUGAAGACCGAGUGCGAGGUCGUCAACAAGGAACGGAAGGGCGUGCAGGUGGACGUGCGGCCCGAGUUGACCGCGCUAGAGGAGAGGUGGAAAAGGGGGAUUGGGAGGGUGUUGGAGGUCGAGGCUGGGGCUGAGGCGGUCCGGCAGGAGAUACUCAAGAGGAGGAGGGAGAAGGCUGAAGUUCUGGACAGUUGAUUGCUCUCUUUUCUUUCUUUUUAAAAAGGGGGGAGCGGGGUUGUUGGAUUUAGGUUUUGCUAUAAAUAUGGGUCGGUUUCUCUGCUUCUGCUGUGUAUUACUACUAGAACUGGAUCUUAUGCCAUGGGUUUUCACAAUUGCGGG